AUGACUGAGAAAACAAAUUCUUGUGAGAAGGUGCUCACAGCACAAGGCCGAGGACGGUACUUCCUGCGUCAGGCUUUGAGUGGGAAAUUACUGGCUGUGGCUAUUCAGCAGCUAGGCAGAGCUCCCAAGCUGCUUGAGGUGUGUGUGACCUAUGAAACUGUCCCCUGCAAAGAACUAGGAAUGGUGCUCAGAUACUUGGAUGGACGGAUUUUCAUCAUAGACCUGCUUCCACAGAGCCAGGCAGAGGUAGAUGAGAUUGUGCUGGUUGGAGAUGUAAUUGAUGAGAUAAAUGGAUUUUCAUUGAGGAAUGCAUACAAUGGACAGGCUGGAACGGUGCUACAGAAGCUAAAGGGCAAGCCACUGAGCUUCCGGCUAAUUCGGUGGAAAUGGCAAGAUGGAGGGACGUACGCGCCACUGCUGCCCUACCUGAAAGUACUCAGGGAGAAAAUCCCCAGCUUUCAACUCCAGCAUGAACACACACACAAAGAACAGACUGAGGGCUGGUGCCUGCAGGGGGGCAGGUUGCUGUACAAUCUAUGGUACUUAGGCCAAGUCAAUGUAGGAAAGCAUGGAGGCAAAGAAGUGCUAGACCGAGGCAUCCAGACGGUUUUAGAAAAACAUUUACCACCACAGGAGAUUUUAUUUGAUGUAAAAGAAACCGAAGUCCUUGUGCUACAGAAAAUUUCUUCAAAGCUGUUGGAUUUAAACACACUGAAUGGUUUGUUUGAUGGCGAUGCAAUGGCUUUGCUUCUGGCAGUGACCUACUUUUUGGAACCUCACUAG